AUGGCCCCCUCGUUCACCGAUAAAACCAUCCUCAUCACCGGCGCAGGAAGUGGUAUUGGCCGAGCCACAGCCAUCAAACUAGCAUCCCUCGGCGUCAUCCUCCUCUUAUCCGACAUAAACCUGAAAUCUGCCAUUGAAACCCAUACAUUCUGCAUGUUCCACGCCCAUCACAACACAGCAGCUGUCGAUGUUAGUAAUUCUGAAGAAUGCAACUCCUACAUCCAAGAAAUGAUUUCCAAAGGCUACACCAUAAACCACGUUUUUAAUUGCGCGGGAAUUAAUCCUACUGCAAUGCCCAUCACGGAAAUCACAGAUGAGUAUUGGGAUAAAUUAAUAAACACAAAUCUCAAGGGAACAUUCAAUAUAACCCGCGCCAUCACUCCUCACUUAUCCUCCGGCUCCUCAAUCGUAAAUGUUUCCUCUGUGUGUGGCAUCGUCCCAGUUUCCCACUACUCAGUGUACUGCGCGACGAAAUAUGCCGUGAUUGGGUUUUCUAAAUGUAUGGCGUUGGAACUGGGGCCUAGAGGUAUUAGAACGAAUGUGGUGGCGCCGGGGUAUAUUAAUACACCUACGAAUGCGUCGGUGGUAGAGGGAGAGGAGGCGGUGAGGAGGAUGGAGGGGACGGUUGCGAUGGGGAGGUUGGGGUUGCCUGAGGAGGUGGCGGAUGUAGUGGGUUUUUUGAUGAGCGAUGAGGCUAGAUAUGUUAAUGGUAGCGUUGUUGAAGUUAAUGGGGGGAUGAAUCAUUGA